GGUCGUCGCCCGAGUCGCAGACAACUUCAGGUAGGUCCGCGCCGUUGUGUGUAGAGCUCCUAUUGAAUUAUCCUGAGAGCAAGCAUGCCGGACCAACGAUAUCGAGCCUUCUCGCGCGACCCACAGCGUCCGUUGCUCGUAUAAAUACUCAGCCGGCUGGCAGCAACGUACAGCUCUCAAAACCACACAGACAUGACCGUCCAAAGCGUUGCUACCCUCGGCGGAACCGCCUACCACAUCACAGUGGGCAAGGUCGCCCAUGGUCUUAUGAUGAUGACAUGGACCCCGAACCCCGUCCCGGACGAGAUCUGCUUCGACGCUAUCAAGGCAGGUGUGGAUGCCAUGCCGCCUGGUGUCAAGAUGCUGUUGAACAGCGGCGAGUUCUACGCGCAAGACUUUGGCACGGCGAACCUCGAGCUCUUGGCACGAUUCUUUGAGAAGUAUCCUGAGUAUGCGGAGCGGACCUUCCUCUCGGUCAAGGGCGGUGCCAAGACAGAGGGCUUCCCUGUGCCUGACGCGUCGCCGGAGAACCUCAGGCGCAGCGUGACCGCCAUCAACGCCGCUCUGCGCGGCACCAAGAGGCUCGACCUGUUCGAGUGUUCCCGCGUCGAUUCUAACUAUAGUGUCGAACACACCAUCGGUAUCCUGUCUGGCUUCGUCAAAGAGGGUCUGUUCGAUCAUAUUGGCAUGUCCGAAUGCAGCACAGAGUCACUCCGGAAAGGUAACGCGGUGCAUCCGAUCUCUGCGGUCGAGAUUGAGGUUAGCCCGUGGGCUAUUGAGCCAGAAACGAAGAAUGUGCUCAAGACUGCUGAGGAGCUCGGUAUUGCAGUUGUUGCAUACUCGCCCCUCGGACGUGGCUUCUUGACCGGUCAGAUCAAGAAGUUCGAAGAUCUUCCAGAGGGAGACGUACGCCGACACUUGACACGCUUCCGCAAUCCCGAAUACUUCCAGCACAACCUGACCUUGGUUGACAAGCUGACCGAAAUCGCGCAGAAGAAGGACAUCACUCCCUCUCGACUUUGUAUCGCAUUCAUUGGUUCCUUGGGAAAGAAAGUCAUCCCUCUCCCUGGUUCCUCACACGUGAAGCGCACGCUGGAGAACACAUACUCUGCAGAUGCUGAGCUGACGAAGGAAGAAUUGGACGCGAUCUGGGAAAUUAUCAACAGCUAUGAGGUGAAGGGCGAUAGAUAUUUCGGAGCAGAGCAGGCCAUGCACCUCUGGGGAUAAAUGUUUGCAAGAGUUGUUAGGCACGAGACUUGCUUGCUACAACUUCUUUCGGUGUAUCUGUAUUUCCUGGAAUGAGAAAAGCUAUAAUGUCACAUAGAACCUGCCACUGGUCGCAGAGCACGAGGGUGCCGGUCGCAGGGUGCCGGUGGCGGUCUAGGGUCAUGUUCGACUUGGAGUAACAACGAUGUUCAUAUCAUUAAUGUCACUGCUGACGAGCUCGGACGUCAUGGCAAUAUCCAGACCUGUCAGCAUGUUCAUGACAAUUUUCGCGCGCACCUCGAGGCUUGAGCAUACCGAGACGUGUGCUUGGGAGCUGCGAUGGCUGCUCUCCUUCGCAGGCUAGUGCUGAGUGAAUCCACACCCGGACUUCGGCGCGGAUUGAGAUGUCGCAGCAUAUGUUUCGAUUCUGGGCCUCCGGAGAUAGUUGGGGCCGGGUUUCUAAUUCCCCUUUCCCCCAGGAGACGCGAGGCAAAAUCGGUGACGUAUGGACGGCAUCGAGAGCUUGGGGUUGGAGGCAUUGCGCGUCUUCUAAGAACGAGCCAAUGUGAUGACCGAUGUGUGAUCCUGAGCAAUGUAGAGGGAGACGCCACAUACGCUCGCGUAAUGAGAGUGACAAGGGCAGCGAGUAACCAGAUGCAGAGCACCUGAAAGCAUAGUUC